CACUGCACAUCAUCAUCAUAUAUAUGUGUGUGUGUACACGCACACCCACAUCGGUUUUUUUAUCUCCAUUUUAAACGGAAAUUCAGUUUCCGUGUUCCGCUUCCGCCAUUUACGGCAUCCACAAGCACCUCUCCUCCUCCUCCUAAAUCUCUCUCUCUCUCUCUCUCUCUCUCUCUCUCUCUCUCUCUCUCUUCCUCACCAGUUAGGGCUUUUUCGAAUACCAUUCGAAAUUGAAGGAUCCCGUGAAUUGAUCAAAGGAGAUAAAGAGCCGAUCAACCGCUUUUCCCCGUGAUUCCCUAUCGGAAUCGUUGACAAUUUCGUCUCCUCGAAGUCCCCACACAUUAAAAAUCCUAAAGAAUCCCAAUCUCCCCCCUCAAAAGUCAAAUCAAAACGCUCCAUCCGUACAUAGUUCUUCCCCGAAAUUUCACCUCGGAUUGCAAUCAUCAGAGUUUUCAAUCGCGCGGUAUCGAAAAAACAUAAUGGUAUUGUUAUCUGUCAGGCUGUAUUGGUCUUAGGCAAAUACCGGUAUCGGAGGUCGAAAAUUUCAUUGGCUCGUACCAUACGCAGUGGUCUUUAUUAACGGUAUUGGUCGAAAAGCUCAAUAGCUGAUACGAUACGCAGCGGGCUUUAUUUAAAACCCUGGAGCGGAUGACGCGGCAGAUAGUGCUGGAGAAGCCAGUCAGCGGGAGCCGGAGGCAGCCGCUUCUGGGGGAGAAGAUAACGCCGAUGGCGACAGCGGGGAAGGAGGACAGGCGGGGGGUAGGGGAGGUGGCGGGAGGGACGGCGGCGGAGUGCGCGGCGAUCUGCUGCUGCUGUCCGUGCGCGGUUAUGGACCUGCUCCUGCUCGCCGUGUACAAGGUCCCCACGGGGCUGUGCAAGAAGGCCUGGAGGAAGCAGCAGCGGCAGAGGAUGAAGAAGAAGAAGGCGGCGGCCUUGUUGCAGCAGCCGCCGCAGCAACAAGGGCGGCCGCUGGAAGCGACGACGUCGUCGUCGUCCAAGGGCGGGACCUGGUCGAGCUUCGACGACUCGGAGGUCGGGCUAUCGGACGGCGACGACAGGGACGGUUCGGCGGCCGAUUUCGAGACGGAGAUGUUGGACCGGUUCUACGGGGGCGGGUUCUGGAGGAGUACUUCGCAGAAGGAGGCGUGAUUUGUUAGAGUAAUUAUUCCAUGCCCCUGGUGCACCGCUGAUUUGGAUUUGGGAGUGUUGUAGUGACCAAUCGGGCCGUCCAUACCGGCAAGACAGGUCGGAUUUUAAUUCAAAGAGUGGACAGAUCAAAUCUGCACGCCCUUGAUCAAAUCCGCAUUGUCCAUGCCGAAAUGAAAGUCCGAUUGGCCACACAUAACAUUGCUCCAAACUCGGUGCCCCAAGGAUAUUGAAUAAUUUUCCGAUUUGUUGCGUGGGAAUUUUAUGGUGCGAUAACAGGAGAGGGUGCGGUGACGCUUUGGGCAAGAGUUGAGUGCGCUCUCGGAUUUGUGGCAGCGGGGUCCACUAGCAGGCGAAAUGGUGUAUAUAUUGUUUUGGUUUUGGUUUGAUUUUGGAUGUGACAAUUGAAUGAUUCUGAUGACACGUUUGGUGCCCCAGUUGGAUUGGUGGGUACUUUUACCAGUUGAUGAUAGCGAAAAAUGAGAAAGAUUUUGCCGGAAAUGGCUCAGGGAUUUGUACUUUGGAGGCCAUCAUUUUGUUUCUUGCUUGGUGUAAGGUCUGUUAUUACCUGGACAUUUUGGACCAAGAUUUAUAGAAUGAAGAAUUUGCAAA